AAAUUACUAGAAAUAGACGAAAACAAUACCAAAAACAACAAAAAAAAAAAACAGAGCCGAUAUAUAUCCAACAGCUAACAAACCAAACACACUUCCAAAACAGUAACCGCACAAAAACAGAACCAAUCUUUAUUUUCUUGAGAGAGACAGAGAGAGCUAAAGAAUAAUAAAAAAAAAUCUUUUGUUCUUGUCUGAACGGCAGAUCGGAAGCUGUAGGCUUAUCAAGAAUUAUUGUUCAAUCAGACAAGAUCUUAGUUGAAAUGAGAAGAAAAGUUGUUGAGUCGGUGAGCACCGAUGCAUCUAAUGAAAGGGUUCACGUGUCUCCCAAGAUAGCUGCAGAGGAAGAAGAUUAUGAGGUUAAGGAAUGCACUGAGGAGAAUUCUCUCUCUCAAAAUCAUAAAUCUUCUAAUGUAAUCACAGAGAAUGAUGUGGAGAAGAAGCAUUUGGAUCAUGAAGAAGAUGAUUGUUCUGUUGCUUCUUCGUUCAAGAAUGCAAAGUCGAAAGUAACUCAUGGAACCGCUCCACGAUUUUGGAGUGCACAGCGCGCUGAGAAACGCAAAGAGUAUUACCAAAAGCUUGAAGAGAAAAACCAAGCACUUGAAGCUGAAAGGAUCGAGCUUGAACAAAGGCAAAAGGAAGAACAAGAAGCAGCCAUUAAACAGCUUCGGAAAAACCUCAAGUUUAAGGCUAAUCCCGUUCCUGAUUUCUAUUAUCAAGGACCUCCCGCGAGACCAGAGCUCAAGAAGUAUCCAUUGACGCGUCCUAAGUCGCCGAAACUCAAUCUGUCCCGGAGAAAGAGUUGCAGCGAUGCGAUUAGCACGAAUGGUGAAGAGAAUUCAAAGUCACAGAACAGCCACAGCGUUGUAGAUUAAGGUUGAAGCCCUCAAGAAAAAUCCAUGGAGGAAGAUGUUUUUAUAACCUAAUUUUACUGGACCGGACUAUACCAAACUUUUAUUUCCGGUUAAUUCUGGUAUUUGUUCUGUUUCACAGUUGUGCUCCUCAGAACGAUUAUUGAUUGUUUUGUUUUGUUUUUCACGUCUGUCUCUCUACUUGAUUUCGGUUUUAAUUUUAUGUAACGUUUAAAUAUGGAAUUGUAUAUUUUAAGUGUUGAGGAAUCUUGAAUAUAAAGUUUGCAUCGA